CUAAUUUUCUCUUGGCUUUCUACUUUUGGUUUCUGUUUUCCGUUUUCCCGCUCUUGGUUUCUUGAUUUCGAUGAGCGGGUGGUGGGGGAGCCGCCGGUGAGGGCUGAGGGUAUGGGGAAGGCGGUGAGGUGGUUGAAGGGCCUCCUUGGGGGGAAGAAGUCCGGCGGUGGAGCGGCGGGGAAGGAAAGCGGAAAGGAGAAGAAGAGAUGGGGGUUUGGGAAGUCGAUGAGGGAGAGGGAGAUGCGGGCGCCGGUGGGGGAGGAAAGGAGGGGGUCGUAUAGGGAGGUCGUAACGGCGACGGCGGAGGAGGAGAGCAAGAGGGCGAUCGCGGUGGCUGCGGCGACAGCGGCGGUAGCGGAGGCUGCUGUGGCUGCGGCGCAGGCGGCGGCAGCGGUGGUGAGGCUGACGAGUAGUGGUAGAGGCGUCGGUGCUGUGGGUUUUGGUGGUUUGAAGCGAGAGGACUGGGCCGCCAUCAAGAUCCAAGCAACGUUCCGAGGUUAUCUGGCAAGAAGGGCUCUGAAGGCCCUCAAAGGGUUGGUGAAGCUGCAGGCAUUGGUCAGGGGCAACAUUGUCCGGAAACAAGCCGCCGAGACUCUCAGAUGCAUGCAGGCACUUGUUCGAGUGCAGGCUCGUGCUCGUGCUUGCAGAGCUUUGCGCGCAGAGAAGGCACAGUCUAAGAGUGGUGGCAGUGCUCGCUCUCAUCCAGGUCCUCCAACACCUGACAAGACUGAACCUGCUAUUCGCCAUGACAGAGCAGGCAAUCUCAAGAGGAAUUCUUCCAAAACAGUGAGCUCUGAUUCUACUGGACAGGAUAAAGUGCAUGCCUCUGGUUGGAAUUGGCUUGAUCGGUGGAUGGAAGAGAGGUACUGGGAAAGCCGGGAAGCUAUUGCUAAGUUGGAUGAUGAUAAGAGUACUAAAAUCCUUGAAAUAGACACCGGAAAGCAGCAGCUUAAUACCAAGCGUCGGCCCGGGAACCAACUCCAUUCCUCAUGCUCCACACUCGCCUCCGAUCAGAACAGCCGUAGCUUCACUACUAUGCCUGCCUCUCCUUCAAAAGACUCCACUGUUGCACAACAAUCCAUUGCAAGCCCUGCAUCGGUUGACAUGCUGUCAUCACUUAGUCCUCUGAGAUUCCAUGCCAUGGAAACUGGAGACUUUGGUGAUAGCCCUCAGUUCUACUCGGCCUCAUCCCGCCCGGGGAGCUCAAGAAGGGGUGCAUUCACCCCGGCAAAAAGCGAAUGCACCCGGAGCCUAUUCAGUGGAUACUCAGACUACCCGAACUACAUGGCCAACACUGAAUCAUCAAAGGCGAAACUUCGAUCUCACAGCGCGCCAAAGCAGAGGCCAGAGUAUGAUAAAUCAGGGUCUAUCAAAAGGCUUUCUCUUCAUCAAGCAUUCGGGCAACAACCGUCUCUUCAGAACUCGAUCUCAUCUCAACAGAGGCAAUCAUCCCUGCACGCCAAGUUCACCAACAAAGCUUACCCUGGCUCUGGCCGGUUGGAUAGGUUAGGAAUGCCUUUGAGAACUUAAUUACAUAUAUAUAUAUAUAUAUAUAAUCAUCAACCAGUUAAAAAGGGUUUGUAUGUGUGUGUGGUGUUAUGAUGUUCUACUGCUUCUUGAACAUGUUCAUCUUCUUCUA